UAUCGAUUUACUCGUUUCGUGUAAAUUCAGUCGAUUGUUUUUAUUGACUCGAAUAAACUGUGGACAAUUUUCCUUUGCGUGUUCGGCAUCCGGUUGUUCGUGCACAUACUUACGAAAAGGAUUAUAUGCUAAAUUAAUUUAUCAAAGAUCAAUUUUUUUCAAUAUUGGGCAAAUAGUAAUACGUAUUCUAUAUUAUAUACGUUACAUGUACGUUCUUCUUGUAUCCUAGUGAAACAAUAUAGUACAAUAAAAUGUCAAAUAUCGAAGAACGGGGUUUUGGUGUUCGACAAAGAUCUGCUGAAUUUGUUCAAAACUUUGAAGUGCUUCGAAAUCAAUGCUUAAAAGAAAAAAAACUAUUCACAGAUCCGGAAUUCAACACAUACGAUUUAACUAUACAUCAUAAAAAUCUUCGAAAAAGUCGGUUUGAAUGGCGAAGACCAAACGAAAUUGCAAAAAAUCCUCAAUUUAUCAUGGAAGGAGUUUCAAGAUUUGAUGUAAAGCAAGGAAAAUUAGGCGACUGUUGGUUAUUAGCUGCUAUAGCAAAUUUGACUUUGAACGAAAAACUUUUUUAUCAAGUAGUGCCAUAUGAUCAAGGAUUCUAUACUAAAUACGCGGGUAUAUUUCACUUUAGAUUUUGGCAAUACGGUAAAUGGGUGGACGUGGUAAUUGACGAUCGUUUACCGACUUAUGAUGGAAAGUUAAUGUUUCUUCAAUCAGCAAUGAAAAAUGAAUUUUGGAGUGCUCUGUUGGAAAAAGCUUAUGCCAAAAUCCACGGAUCAUAUGAAGCAUUGGAAGAAGGUUGUACAAUGGAGGGUAUGGGAGAUUUCACAGGAGGUGUUUCAGAAAUAUAUGAUUUAAAUGAUGUACCACAUGAUUUAUUAACGAUUAUGCUAAAUUCUAUUCAACGACAAUCGCUCAUGUGUGGUUCGAUAUUCAAUUCAAAAAUGAUUGAUGUAUCUGAAAAAGGAUUACAUGAAGGUCAUGCAUAUAGUAUUACCAAGAUAACUAGUAUUUCUAUAGAAAAUAAGAAAAAUGGUACAAUAAGCUUGAUUAGACUUCGAAAUCCUUGGGGCGAAAAUGAAUGGAAUGGUCCCUGGAGUGAUGAAUCUGUUGAGUGGUUAUCAAUACCUCAAGCAAAAAAAAAAUCUAUCGGUCUAGUGAUGGAUAAUGAUGGAGAGUUUUGGAUGUCAUUCGAAGAUUUUGUCAAAUAUUUCUCUAUAUUAGAAAUUUGUAACUUGGCCCCUGACGAUAUAAUCUGGGAACAAUAUGAAGCAUGCUAUAAAUGGAAUUUGAGUGUAUUUGAAGGUGAAUGGGUUCGAGGCGCAACCGCCGGUGGAUGUGAUAUAUCUCAAGAAUCGUUUUCAAGCAAUCCGCAAUACAAUAUAACAUUAAAAGAUCCCGAUGAUAAUGACAGUGAGAAUAUGUGCACUGUAAUUAUUUCAUUAAUGAAAAAGUACAGGCAACGCAAUAGGAAAGGGAAUUCAUUUUCAAUUAAAUUUUUAUUGUUUGAUCUCAACAAAUCGAAGUCUGUGCCGAAACCAUUAGAUAUGGAUUUUUUUAACAAUAAUACUGCUUUAUAUAAGUUCCAUUCUCUUAAAUACAACCCAAGAGAAAUUUCUAAGAGACUAAAGAUACCACCUGGUAAAUAUUGUAUUGUACCUUGUACAUCUAACCAGAAUGAAGCAGGGGAGUUUUUACUCAGGGUAUUUUCAGAAAAAAAAAACAAUUUGGAGGAGUUCGAUAAUGAAGUAGGAAUGUGUUCAAUUAAUUAUAAGUUCAAAGAAUUGGCACUUAACACAAACAAAAAUGAGGAUUCGAAUGAAAAAUUAAAAAAAUACUUCCUCAAAGUAGCUGGGAGUGAUAAAGAGGUCGAUUGGAUGGAACUUAAGGAUAUUUUGGAUGUUGCCAUGAAACAAGAACCCGGGAACAUACGAUUUUCAAAUGAUGUAUGUCGUUGCAUGAUUGCUAUGAUGGAUUGGGAUAGAUCGGGUAAACUUGGUUUUAAAGAAUUUCAAUCAUUAUGGUUGAACAUUAAACACUGGAAGGUUGUUUUUAAAUCAUACGAUAUAAAGAACAAGGGUUAUAUCAAAGGAUUUAACUUAAGACCAGCAUUAAAUUCGGUUGGUUACUCUAUUAAAACACAUACCAUAAACACUAUGUGUCAUCGAUAUGCGAACCGAAAAGGAUAUAUAAUGUUUGAUGAUUUCAUUAUGUGUGCUAUAAAACUUAAAACCACUAUAGACAUAUUUAAAGAACGUGAUCCUGAUAGUAAAAAUGUGGCUUCAUUUACAUUGGAAGAAUGGGUGGAAAAAACAUUUUACUUAUAGCUUUGAAUAUAAAUUUUAUUUUAUUUUUAC